UGUACAAGUGUAAUGCUUAUGCGACUGGCUGGUGUAUGUCUAGGGGAAAAUUCGUCCACCCGCCAAACCGCACCUCCCGUCUACAUGGAUGCUGUGAAAUACACGCUAAUACAAACUUGCACACACAAUAUCAAGCGCACACCACGUAUGUUUACAGAAUACACUUUAUAAAUCUUACUAGAACUAAGUGAUUAAUAAUGAAACAAUAUAUAUGAAGGGAAAGAAAACAAAGAAAAGGCGCCAAAACAUCAGAGUUCAGUCAAUUAGUGCACAUCGUUGGAGAUCAACCAUCGAACCCUCUGACCACUCUUCGAUCUUCUCUGACCUCCACGACCCGCGCAUCUGGGACCACCCUCGGUGAUCGACCAGCAGUGUUGCACCCGUCCACCUUCCUUGCGGUCUUCUUCCCGACUCCCAAAAGUCCAUGCAGUCCCAGCUCACAGACUCACAAGAGAAAAUAACAUCUGACCCAAAUGGUUAACAAAUAAAUACAAUCCCACGUUAUCAGUAACUAUAACCCAAACAAGCUUUGAGAAGCUUCGAGAUUGCUCUGCCAGUUAGCAUAACAAAGAAGCAUUUUUACUUUUAACUUUUACUUUUAAGCCAUUUUGAUUAACAUACGCAGUACACAAGAACUUUACUUUACUUUAACAGCAUGCUGUGUUUAAAAAUUCAUAAAAGUUAAAAUGUUUUAUAUGUGAAAAUCAAAAUAAAAUUUGCAGAUACUAGAAUUCUUAAUUAAAAUACAGAAAGUGCUGGGAACAUUCAGCAGGUCAGACAACAUCUGGAGAAAGAGCAGAGUUAACAUUUCAGGCCCAAUUCAUAAAAACUGCAAAAGAGAGAAAAUAAGACAGUUUUCAGUUGCACAGGAGUUGAAAGUGGAAUGGGUGAAACAAAGGAAACAGGUUAAUAUGUCAUCUACAGUAGAAGGGAGCUAUACUUUUUUGUCUGUGCCUUCCUAUUGAAGUGGGACAUGCCUAGUAGGUCAGGCUACACCAACAGAAUAAGCAAAAUAUAGUGUUACAGUUACAGAGAAAAUGCAGUUUAGGCCAACAGUAAGAUGCAAGGGCCAUGACUAUUUAAGAUUGAGAGAUCAAUAAUGCGCCUUCAUUGUACAAAAGGUCCAUACAGGAGUUUUAUAAUGGUGGAACAGAAAUUGAAGCUUGGUAGUGUGCUUGCGUAUCUUCUAAACAAUGGGAUGAGGAGAAGAGAGAGUGACUGAGGUGGGAGGGGUCUUUCAUUAUGCUGGUUGCUUUACAAAGGCAGUGAGAAAUGUAGGAGGAGUCAAUGGAGAGGAGAUUGGUUUUUUUGUGAUAGAUCAGGCUAUGUUCACAACUGCAAUUUCUCGUGAUCUGGAGAAGAGCAGCUGUCACUCAUUCCAAUCUGUGACACAUCUGGACAAGAUGCUUUCUAUUAAAAUUGUUGAGACAUCAGGGACACGAAGAAUUUCUUUACUCUUCAGAAAAAAUAGAGGCACUGUGCUUUCCUGGCCUGUCCUGAUACAAUCAGAAGGGAAGAACAAGUUAGCUGAUGUUGGAGAAUUCAAUAUUGAGCCCUGCAGGCUGCAGCAUACCUUGAGCCCAAACUGGAGCUUGUUGGAAUAGUUUGAGUUUCUGCAUUGUGGAAAGUGGCAGAUACAGCAUCCUCAGUGGUAGUAUGGGGAAUAGUCAUACAAUGUAGAGUACUUGGGGAGGGACAGAGGAGCAGAUCAGAGAAUCACAAAGUUUGCUUUGAAAUGCCUUUAGGGGAGAGUAAGGGAAUAUAUGUUCUUUGGUUGAUUGAUUUUGGAGCUGGGUGUAAAUGAAAGAUGAUCCAUUGAAUGUAUAGACUGUUGGGGUGGAAGAUGAGGAUGAGGGAAAACACUGAAGUUGGUCUUUCUGGGAGAAAACGAAGUCUUAUUGAAUAGUCAAGCAGCCACAAAUGCUUAUUUCUAUUUAUUAUGUUCUUACGCUGUGACAUGUCGAAUAACCCUUCACAAUUAUUUCCAUACCCCCUUCCAUUUUCUUCCUUUCUCUUAUUCCACUCCUCCAUUACUCAUCUCCCUGUAUUGUUUAUUAUCUUUCACUUUUGUAUGUCCGUAGAUCUCCCCUUCCCUUGAUAAGUAUUAAUCCCCAGGUCUAGUUGUCUUCAUAUGCUGUUUGCCCCACUUUAUUCAAUUUGGCCCUUAGACUAAUGAUUUUGGUACUUGGGUGUGUUAGCGAAGGCCAAUUUUUUGUCAGUCUACCCCCUAAAUAACUAGCGAGGCCAUCACCUAUUCUGUUUAAACAAAAGAUGUGCCUUUGAAGACAGGUCUCUGCGACUAAUGGAACUUGGGUUAAGCAGAGGUUAUCCAUGCUGGCCUCAGCAAACAAAUGCAUGCACGCUGAAUAACAACGUACCACAAUACCAGCCUUGCAAAAUUUGCAGAUUUUGUGAUCCCAGACCUAUAGUGCAAUUUGCUGGCUUGGGCCAUUAGUUCUAAUUGCUGCCUUACUCGUUACUCACACACUGACUUUCAACAAAUUAGUCUCUGCAAUUUGGACGCCAGUUGGAGUGGGGGGGGGGGGGUGGUGGGUAAUGGGACUUCGAGUCAUUUGUAGUGAUGUAAGGGGCAUAACAAUAACCGUCAGAGAACGGGAGAAAAUGUCUGACUUUCGGGGACUAAGCCCAACCCUCCAGCGAUGAGCCGUCAGAGCGGCUUAUGGGACCUGUAACCGGGUCAGGUGCGAGGACUGCGCUCCCUCAGCCAGAGGUGAGAUGUUACCCCACUCCCCACCCAGAAACGAAAUGCUCCGCUGCUAUUAUUUAUAAAAAUCAGUAUUAUCUUCCGCAAAUUCGUCUGCGUUAUCUGCAAUUAGGAUGAUUUUAAGUUCCUCCCGCAAUUUAGGUGAGCUGACGUCUUCUGGUACAGUAAGAAGUUUGCUAUUCCAUGGCAAAGCUCUGAAUUCUCGGGUAUCGCUUAACCCAUUUCAUACUUUAACCUUGACGCUGAUCACAGGUGCAAUUGAUGAAAGUAACGCAACUUAUCGCCCCGGCUGUGUUGAGCAGCCCGGCGUCGGCGAUACAGCUACAGGAGCGGGGCAAAGAGGUAAAUUUCCUUCAACCUAAAAAUAGGCUCAAUUCUGUGACAAAUAUGUCCACGUCCCUCGUCUGUCCAACAGCGUUCCGUAACUUCAGCCACUGUCGUGCUUAUAACACAAACCCAAACAAAUUUCCAACCGACCGGAGAGAGUUGCCAACUGCGUACCGAUACUGAUCGAAACCACCCAGCACACUGCAGCAUUUUUGGUUGUUUUGAAACAUUUGUUUCUAGUUUGCUCCCCUAGGAUAAUGGGUACGGUAGGCGGUCCUUCUGCAUCCUUUUCAAGGAAGUAUUAGACGAUUAGGUUCGUCAGUUUAGAGCCAGCAGCUGGCUGCCAAUGAGUGAGGAAAACCAGCGGAAGAGGGUGCAGAACUUUCAGCCUUAGUGGUGGGUUGACGGGGCUUUCAAAAAUGGGAUUUGACCUGGAGCGUUUCAGCGAGGAAGUGGAUCCCGACUUUAAAUGCAACUUGUGCAAUAAAGUGCUGGAAGAUCCCCUCACAACCCCUUGCGGACACGUCUUCUGCGCCGGCUGCCUCUUGCCUUGGAUCGUGCAGCGAGGCAACUGCCCGGUGAACUGCCGGAGGGUCGCCAUCAAGGAGCUGAACCACGUCCUGCCGCUGAAAAACCUCAUCCUGAAACUGGAGAUCCGUUGUGACAACUACGAGAGGGGCUGCGGGAAAGUGGUGCGGCUGCAGCAUUUGGCAGAGCACACGGAGAUGUGCGACUACUCGCCGGCUGAGUGCCGGAAUAAAGGCUGCGGCGAGUUGCUUAACCUGAAGGACGUGGACGCGCACAUGCGGGAAAGCUGCGAGCAGCGGCCGGUCGGCAUCUGCCAGCGCGGCUGCGGCCUGAUGCUGGUCCACGGCGAGCAGAAGCUGGGCACGCACUGCUGCCUUCAGGCGCUCAAGGCGAACUGCCAAGCGCUGCAGGGCCAGAUCGUGUCGCUGGAGCGCGAUCUGAAGAAACAGAGCACCAGGUCGGGCAAGCGUGAGAAGUCGCUGUUGUCGCAGCUGUCAGCCCUGCAGAGCGAGGUGCAGAUGACAGCUCUCAAGUACCAGAAGAAAUUCACAGAGUACAGCGCCAGGAUACGGUCCCUGACCAAAAGCCUCCCUACUCACUGCAAUGGCGGAGUGACCCUGACCAUAAUUAUGCAGCGAGAUGCGGGCUCCCUCGGAUUUAAUAUUAUCGGCGGCAGACCCUGGGCGGAAAAUGAAGAGAGCACCGUGUCUGAGGGGAUCUUUGUGUCAAAGAUAGUGGAGAAUGGACCUGCAGACAAAGAAGGUGGACUGCAGAUGCAUGACAGAAUUCUAGAGGUUAAUGGAAAGGACUUGUCCAGAGCCACUCAUGAGCAAGCUGUGGAAGCAUUCAGAACAGCCAAAGAACCCAUUGUCGUACAGGUGCUGCGAAGAACUCCACGCACAAAAGUUCUUAAUGCAUCUCAUGAGUGUCAGCUUGUAGAUAUGGGCACACAGACAGAUAUCACCUUUGAACACAUCAUGGCACUGGCUAAAAUAAGACCACCUACUCCACCUGUUGUGGUACUGGAAGAAUACCUCUUACCUGAAGAGCAUCCGUCAGGACAGGACUAUUAUGAUUCAAAUGACUAUUUUGGAGGAUUGCAGACUGAAAUGGACAGAGAAGAAUUAGAAUAUGAGGAAGUAGACUUGUUUAGACUGCAAGGGCAGGACAAGCUUGGUCUCACAGUAUGCUACAGAACAGAUGAUGAAGACGACAUGGGAAUAUAUGUCAGUGAGAUUGAUCCAAAUAGUAUUGCAGCAAAAGAUGGCCGCAUAAGGGAAGGAGACCGAAUAAUUCAGAUAAAUGGCAUUGAGAUCCAAAACAGAGAAGAAGCUGUAGCUUUGCUUACCAGUGAGGAAAGCAAGAACAUUUCACUGCUUUUGGCAAGACCUGAGCUGCAGUUGGAUGAAGGCUGGAUAGAUGAUGAUCGGAAUGACUUGCUGGAUGAUUUGCACAUGGACAUGUUAGAGGAGCAACACAAUCAAGCAAUGCAGUUCACAGCUAAAAUUCUUCAAGAGAAAAAGCAUGAUGAUGAUGAGGGAACAACUGAUACAGCCACCAUUUUCUCUAACCAACAUGAGAAAGAUAGUGGUGUUGGACGUACUGACGAGAGCACACGAAAUGAUGAGAGCUCUGAGCAAGAGAACCUUGGGGAUGAGCACAAUAACCCUGAUCCCUUGAGGCUCAUGUACAGCCAUGACACUCUCGGAAGCAGUGACACGCAGUUUCGGCGGGAAUCGUUCGUUUCUGGGGACUAUGCAGAUGCAGAUUUUCUUGGAAUUCCAUCUGAUGAGUGUGAAAGGUUCCGUGAUCUACUCGAGCUAAAGUGCCAGAUGCAAAAUGACAGUCAGUAUGGUCUUUACUUCCAUGGCAAUGCUGUUGGCAUCAAGAAGAAUGACCAUGAAACUGUUGAUCAAGAACUAGAAAUGUUGAACGAAGAAUUGCACAAUAUUGAGCUUGAAUGUCUUAACAUUGUCCGAGCCCAUAAAAUGCAACAAUUGAAAGAACACUAUAGGGAGUCAUGGAUGUUACAGAACAGUGGUUUUCACAACUACAAUACCAGCAUUGAUAGCCGUAGACAUGAGCUCUCCGAUAUAACAGAGUUGCCAGAAAAAUCAGAUAAGGAUAGCUCUAGUGCAUACAAUACUGGUGAGAGUUGUCGAAGCACACCACUGACAUUAGAUUUAUCUCCCAAUAACUCGUUGCGCAGGACAGUCAAAAAUCUGAACAGCCAAAGUGAUGAAGGGGUGACGAGCAACGCCCUCCCGAGGCCAUUGCUGUCCCAUUCAGUGGGCCUUGCAAAGCCAAACUGUGCAACUAAGGAACCCGACCAUUGCCAGCAGUCAGAUGGAAAAGAUGAGAAGCAAAUUUUGGAGUGCAGCAAAAGCCAGGCUUUCUCCCAGUGCUCAACCUGCCCAAUCUCAUACCACCGUUCUCCGUAUAGACAUGCACACAUCCCAGCACAUGCUCAGCACUACCAAAGUUACAUGCAGUUGAUACAACAAAAAUCAGCAGUGGAAUAUGCACAGAGCCAAAUGAGCCUUGUCAGCAUGUGCAAAGAACCUUCCUAUCAUGACUCCUCAAGUCAAAUAGAACCCAAAAUGGAGUGGAAGGUGAAGAUCCGAAGUGAUGGGACCAGGUAUAUUACCAAGCGGCCAGUCAGAGACCGGAUCCUUAAGGAACGUGCACUGAAAAUUAAAGAAGAGCGUUGCGGCAUGACAACUGAUGAUGAUGCAAUCAGUGAAAUGAAAAUGGGGCGUUAUUGGAGUAAGGAAGAACGAAAGCAGCAUUUGGUGCGUGCAAAAGAGCAGAAAAGACGGCGUGAAUUCAUGAUGCAGAGCAGAUUGGAAUGUUUAAGGGAACAGCAGACCACUCAGGAGAAGAAAGAGGUGAACAUCAUUGAACUUAGCCACAAAAAGAUGAUGAAGAAAAGGAGUAAGAAAAUCUUUGAUAACUGGAUGACAAUCCAGGAACUUUUAACUCAUGGCACUAAGUCACCUGAUGGAACAAGGAUAUACAAUUCCCUGUUAUCAGUAACAACUGUAUAAAUGUUUUUUUCCAUGAUGUAUAUUAAAUACUACCAUUUGAGGUAGAAAAGAUCUUGCCUCGUUGAAAGUGGCAUAGCUUGUAAAUGUAUAAAAUACAUCACUCCUCCAGUUGUGACUGGCAAGGCCAUCAGUGAAUGACAAACACUAGUUCACAAACAAAGGUUGAUGCAAUAGUACAAAGGGCAACAAUAAAACAAACAUCUUCCAGUCUAAUACUGGAUGUUUAGUUAUUAUCUAUAAAUUUAAUAACUCUGGAAAUAACAUGUGCCAAUAGAUUUUAGUCUGUUAAUAUUUUGUUUAAAUUUAAGAGACUGACUGUUUUAGAUAUAAAAUCUUGCGUACCAAGAUCUGCAGUUCUAUUUAUACAGAAAUAUAUUUUGUUCUUUAUACUUUUUCCUGUUUUCUGUGUAACUUGUUCAAGUUUUACAGGACCUUCCCAUUGGAAACUGUUUAGGAUUUCCUCUAAUUAAGUAGAUCUGCUGACUUGCAGCUUGCAGUAAAUUAGAGAUAAUUUUUUUGCAUGUACAUAAAUUUCAUGUUUAUAGAAAUGAUUAUGUAAUUGUGAACACACUUUGUAGUUAAUGUGUGCUUUGUAGAGCUUAAUGUACUGAACAAAUACAGCUAAAUGAACAUUUGGUUAGUUACACACUCCAUGUCUUGUACAAGAUGAAAAUAAAUUAUUGUUUUUAUAUUGA